AUGGAAAGAAGUGUUUUGGCGGAGCCGAGGCACGUUCAGUGGGCUUCUGAACUGCACUCGGAAUACCGCAGCACUUACAAAUGGCACGAGCACAAAGAGCAGCAGCAGCAGGGCGUGGUGAAGCAGCCGGCUCCUGCCCCCACGCCACCAUCUGUGCUGCCCAUACAAAGAGGGCCGAUGGAGCCAGCGAUUCCUCGUCGCAAGAAGUACCCCGGUGUGGCGUAUAAAACGAAUGAAUUGUUCGACCCCGCUCCGGCUGAUGACAUAAGGCCACAACAGGCUUCUGCUUUUGACCGUGCGAGGAGUGCGCAAAGGAACGACAACGAUCGCGCUGGGCGUCGCAGCAAGUCGGAGGGACCGCGCCAACCACGCUGGACCGACACUGUGGAACCUAAGGCAACAACCGCGUUAGGUGACGUGAUGACAGUCAAGGAGCCGGAGAUCGCGAGCACAGAGUACCGCAACCAGUACGCGUGGCCGAAAGACAACACCGACUCCGUGCCCAGGAAGAGCAUCUCGAUGGGAGCGCUCAAGAAGGCUGCAGCUGCCGAAGGGUUAGUUGAAGCUGAACCCUUGAUGAACCACGUCGAUGGAGACCAUGACGAUCACAAGCGAUACAUCGAAGACUAUCUCUGGAAUGGGCAGAAACCUGGAGUCCAGAGAAAAUCGACGUUCCGUAACGCGCUAUCGGCCCUCAUAUCCAACGGGGAGGAUCGUUCCAAAGAUAAUAGGAAACGUUACAAAAGCGAGUACAAAAAGAAAUUUAGACCGUUCUCUCAAUACGUGUACGAGGCGUCUAAAGGGACAUUUACGAAAUGCAGGGGGAAAGGGAAGUCGAAUGAGGAGGCGAGCGAGAGGAUGCUGGGGGAUUCUGGGCGAGGGGACACGGGGUCAGGGGCGGUAGGGGGUGCGGGGAUUGACGGCGGGGAGGACAGUGCCACGACGCUUCGCGCGGCGGGCCUGCAACCGCUCAGCCUGGCCCAAGGCGACUCCUGGUAUCGUGAGGUGCUGGACCUGCGUAAGCGCGCCGGCGAAUAUAAGUACCGCGGCUGGGGGACUGAAAUGGCGCCAGAACACAUCACACAGCUUUACAAUAAGCAGAUCGAGCUCUGGUACCAAGUGUCCCGCCGAUCCUCGUUGUCGGCAUUAUCACUAGCUUCCACCAAUCACAAAGUGCUGCCACGUGAUGAGAAAGACGGUAAAGAAUCUAAGGGACAUUCACCAAAGAAGUACCGGUCGUUUCGGUCAGCGCCCCACCAAUCGAUCCACGCUAAGCUGCAGGAGACGAAGGCCCUAGAACGUUCCCCUCACAAGACCUCGCCCCAGAAGCAGAGGAAGAAGCUGCAGGGACAGAGCUUUGAUGAAGGCGCUACUCAUGAUGGAGCGAAAACUGGCGAAAACGCAGCAUUCCGGUCUCCCCGACGGCGACCGCGCUCCGCCGACCCUGCGCCGGCCGCUGCUCAUGCCAAACAUCUCGUCAACGGACAUGAACCGCACCCGGCUCCUAUCAAACCAACUGACGACGAGAUCCACGCACACCGCAGCGCUUCGGUAGCCAAGGAUCACUUCUUCGAUGACUCUCCCGUGGUAAAAUCACCCCCGGAACCGACCAGGGUCAAGUCUCCCGAGCAGAUGAACAUGAGGUCUCCGGAUCCUGUUAAUUGGACGGUCCCUCUUGACACUGGGAAGACCUUCACCGUCACACAGAACGUGAAAAGCGAUGAGAGCAUUAAGCGCCCUAGCUCUGAGUUUAAGGGUGGCUCCGUAGCCGAAGAAGCCACCGUGAAGCCGGCAGAAAUCGCUCCAAUUCAUCAUCAGCAAAUGUCACCAAUACGCUCGCUGAAAAAGAGCGAAUCGCCCACAAGCUUGAGCAAGCGUACUGACAAGACACCUACCACACCGACUAGCCUCACUCCCAUUGAUGAGACUAAGGCCUUAGACAUGAAUAAAGUUAACGGCGUUAAUGGAGUCAAUGGCAUCAACAGCAAUGAGCUCACUCCUGAAACUCCUACCCAAGAACCGCUGAAGGAGAAAGAAGUGAUCAAAAAGUCGACUGAAGCGACUCAGAUUGCACCUGGAGUGGUUGAUACUAAUGUGGUAAAUGAAACACCUGCUACUGGUGGUCUAACUGCUGCGGAGAUAUUAGAUAGAGCUCGUACUAGGUUUGAUAAGUUCUGGGGGAAAAAGGAAGAAGACAACGUUUAG